CUUCAAUCAUCUUGUGCAACCCAUCUCGGUGAGUCUCUCGAGUGCUUAAAAAGUGCUUAUAAUACAAGCGUAUACUUGGCCACGCUUAAGUUCAAUUUGAUUGAUUUUACAAACUAUUCUGGCGACUCUGGCCCAAGUGAAUCGAUUGAUAUGCCUCCAUAAAGGGUUUUUACCGAAAAGAGGAUGUCAUUUUCUGCCCGAAUCGUCUUUGCGCAACCUUCUUCGUACUCAAUAGUACGCUGGUCCAUCGUCGCAGAAGGUGGCAGCCCUCGUCACGUUCGGCAGCAGCGGGGAGCAGUCCUGCGUAGGACCUGAUGCAGAUCGAUCAUACUAUGGAAUUGCAGGGAUAAGGACGUGGUGCAACAACUCCAGUGCCUCGAAGUCGUAUUGCACACUGGGACCCCCCGCUCGGGAAUCGACCUUGAAGAGAACAUAGCCAGCAGUUCUGAGAAAGACAGCACAGUUCUUUCAUCUCUCAAGAAAGGGCAUUGAGCGAACUGAUCCAGCUAUGGCGAUAUGAGCUUUGGACGGAUCAUGAAAUAGUAGAGUGGGAUCACCUCGCAUACGCAUAUGCAGAGGGACGCCGACUCUCGGGCAUCCUGUACACACAUCGUAUUGCAGACAUCCGCAUGGACGGCACAACCAAGCAGAACUUGCAGCUGCUCCAGCAUCUCUGGUGAAGAUGCGUUCCCGAAUAUCUCCGUGGUCACCACAAUGUGGGAUGAGGUCGGGUUGGAGCUAGCGGAGUCGCGUGAGAGCGAAUUGGCAGAGAAUGCGUGCUUCUUCAAACAGGUGUUGGACGGCGGCGCAACCAUGCAGCGACACCAGUCGAUAAACGACCUGGAAUCAGCGCAAGCGAUCGUGGAUGAGCUCGCAGUGAACAUCCCUUAUGCAUUGAAGGUCCAGAUUGAGUUGGUGGACGAGCAGAAGAAGUUAGUGGAGACAUCCGUGGGUCAGGAGCUCGAGCGAGAGUUGACCGAACAGCUGGCCAAGCACCGAGUGGAGUUGAGCGGAUUGCGCAAGGAGAUGAAGCAGGCGUUCCGGCAACAGAACGACGAGACGAGACUGGAGCUUGAGAUGGAAAGUCACAAGCUGCAGGAGGAAAUGGGUCGAUCAAGACUGACCCACACUCUUCAGUUUGUACGGGAAUUGUAAUGCGAUCGCUUUCGUCCUC